AUGGGUGUGAAGAUGCCUUGGAACCUUGGCGUUUGCACCUUCCUGCUUCCUGGGAUCUUCCUGGGGUUCUUCUGGAUGCCAGGGACGUUGGGAGAAGGGUGCAGGCCUGCUCAUCUCUCUCUGCUCCCUUGGCUCUUUUCUCCCAACCAGGUCUUUCUUUCAACAGGCUGUUCAGGAGCCCCGGGCAAGGUUGCCUACAAGCUGCUGCACCAGCUCUUUGCCAAUUAUUCCAGCGCUUUGCGGCCAGCAGAGGAUACAGACAGGGCUCUCAACGUUACCCUUCAGGUCACCCUCUCCCAGAUCAUAGACAUGGAUGAGAGGAACCAAAUCUUGACGGCUUACCUUUGGAUCCGGCAGGUGUGGGUGGACACUUACCUAAGCUGGGACAAGGAAGACUAUGGCGGCAUUGACAGCAUCCGGAUACCUAGCAGCUACGUAUGGAGACCAGACAUCGUCCUUUACAACAAUGCCGAUGACCAGUUCACCAGCUCCAUGGAGACCAAUGUGGUGAUCCGCUGUGACGGGCAGAUCAUGUGGGACUCCCCAGCCAUCACCAGGAGCUCCUGCAAGGUGGACGUUUCGUACUUCCCCUUCGAUGGGCAGCAGUGCCGCCUGACCUUUGGCUCCUGGACCUACAACGGCAACCAAAUCGACCUCCUCAACAAGCAGGAGACAGGCGACCUGGCGGACUUCGUGGAGAACGUGGAGUGGGAAGUGCUGGGGAUGCCGGCCAAGAGGAACGUGAUCACCUACGGCUGCUGCUCGGAGCCUUAUCCAGAUGUCACUUACACACUGCUGCUCAGACGGCGGGCCUCCUUCUACGUCUUCAACCUCCUGCUGCCCUGCGUCAUGAUCUCCUUCCUGGCCCCACUGGGCUUCUACCUUCCGGCAGACUCUGGCGAGAAGGUGUCCCUGGGGGUGACCGUUCUUCUGGCCCUGACGGUCUUCCAACUGCUGGUGGCGGAAAGCAUGCCACCCUCCGAGAACGUGCCGCUGAUUGGGAAGUACUACAUUGCCACCAUGACGAUGAUCACCGCCUCUACUGCCCUGACCAUCUUCAUCAUGAAUGUCCACCACUGCGGCCCCAGGGCAAGGCCCGUCCCCCAGUGGGCCCGGAGGUUCAUCCUGCAGUAUAUGGCCCGCAUUGUCUUCGUCUAUGAGGUUGGGGACAGCUGCAAGAGCCCACCACAGGAGCUGGACCCACCCCCUCAAGUCCAGAGGGCCAGCGUGGAGGAAGCCAAGGGCAGGGGGCUCUCUUCUUGGGGGACCCCGCAGCUCCAAGGGCUUGGCAGCAUCCCCAAGCAGCCUGCUGGCCGGGACGUGGAGCUAGAGGAGCAGCCCUCCUGCCCCAGAAGGAAGUGUUGGUGCCACCAGGAGAGCAUUCUUCGGAACGUGGACUACAUCGCCGGCUGCUUCCGAGACCAGAGGGCAGCUUCCAAACGGGUGGGGGAGUGGAAGAAAGUGGCCAAAGUCAUGGACCGCUUCUUCAUGUGGACCUUCUUUGCUAUGGUGUUCAUCAUGAGCGCCCUGAUCAUGGGCCAAGCCGGGUGAUGCAGAGUGCCCUUUGUGCAGCUGG